AUGGACCAGCAGAGCAAGGCCCCAAGCCCGACGCCCGGUUCACCACGGCGACCAGCAGUGAAGAACAUUCUGAAAAACGUAGAGAGCCAUGUUCGUCUCAUGUCGCAUCUUGAGUACACGUCGACUUCCUCCAGCUACACCUCUUUGCGCCUCAAGAACGCGCAGACCGAUAAGUGGUCUGACCCGUUUAAUGUCACACGUGUGCACAGGGCUACUCCAACGGAUAUUUUCUACCAUGAAGUUAUCGCGCCCUGUGUGUCGAACUGCCUGGCGGGACAGAGCUACCUCUUCUUGGUGAGCGGGCCCUGUGAGAGUGGCCGUAGCCAAACCCUCUACGGCAGCCCGCACCAUAGCGAGAAGGGGGUUAUAGAGCUCGCCGCAGAAGAAUUACUGCGGCGUGUGACAGAGACGACAGAUGGGGAGGAAACUGGAGGGUUUCGCGCGACCGUAACGCACUCGGCAUUUAUUACGCGUGGAUCUCAGUUGCUGGAGACGGUAAGCGGCAAUCCAGUGCCGAUUGUGGAGUUUCCACCGCCGUUGGGGUCUACUCCAUUACCACAAAUGCGUCUGCUCGAUUCAGCCUCCAGCGCCGUACAGAUACCCACUAAGAAGCACAUGGAUACAUCCUGCAUCGUGCAGUUUCACGUCUACAGACCGGUCGAUUCAUCGGGGCGACGUUCAAUGGCUACAAUAACAUUUGUGGAUGUUGCCGCAUUUCGUCUACCUCAUUGCACUGAAGUUAUUCAUCUCAUUGAAACGGUGCGUCGUGUGGCGGGUCUCUCAAAUGCUGGUGAUCCCGAUUUUAAGCAUACAAAGUUAACAACCUUACUUGAAUCAGCACUUGUGGGCUACGUGACACUAAUGUCAAUCACAACAAUCAGUGGACGGCAGGAUUUACACGAGUCUGCGUGCGAUGCCUUGCGUUUUGCGGAGUCACUUAGCCGUAUUCAUCAAGUCCUGAUGCUUGUGCACAUCAAUAUUCCCAAGUGGUUGUUGGACACGGCGGAAAAACUUGAGGAUCUUCGUAUGCAACGGGAACGGAUCCUCUCGGAGCAGCACUCCCGUGGUGUUUAUGAUUUUUAUCGUGCUGCCGCCAAGUGGCUGUCGGAGCAUGUCAGCGAUGUUGACGGCACCUUUGAUAAGUUACUUGAAGAGACGGAAAGCAUCCGUCAAGAGGUUUCGCAUGAGGUGAAAGCCCAGAUAAAAGACCUCCAAGCACGCAUACAGGAUGAACAGCAGGAGUGUGCGUCGCAGCUGGAAAGAACACGGGCCGCCCACGCUGUGACGUCGUCACAAUUAGAGGCGGUAAAACGGCUAGACGAGACAAUUGCGACGCUCGACCAGCAGCUCACGCAAAGAGACUUCUACAGUGACCACAAAAUCAGUGAGAUGCGCAUUGAAAUAUCCACACUGGAGAACGAGACGAAUAUGCAUCGACAGGAGCUCACACAACUGGAGAAGGAGGAAAAACUCUACGCCAGCAAAUACAAGGAGGUGGUUGAUGUCCUUGGGAAGUAUGCUGAGGACCUUGCUUGGGCACAGGUGUACUUUGCACACGCCAUCGAGAUGAAUGCCAUCAACCAAAAGAAGGAGGAACUUGAGGCAGAGCUGGAGCUUGCCUCUCGGGUGGCUCGCCGGGCAACAGACACCCUUCGUUUUGACCGUGUGCGCCGUUCAAAGAUAUCACGCUUGACAAUGAUGCAACAGAAGGUUGACGCCCUUCGAGAGAGAGUAAAUCCCAACAGCAGCGCAAAUAACGGGAGCUUUAGCCGAUCCGAGUGUCACGAGGACUCCGUUUCAUUGUCUCCAGGGCGCCGGCGGAGGCGUUACGUGAGCCCACGCUAUUCAGCGAUGUGA